UGCCUUUUAGAACGGGCAGCCCCGUACGUCUUUCUUUUCGCACAUCAUGGCGGACCGGUUCAAUAAGGUUCUGCUGCUUGAUGGCAGGGGCCAUUUACUCGGUCGGCUUGCUGCCCUGGUGGCUAAACAGGUCCUUUUGGGACACAAAGUAGUGGUGGUGAGAUGUGAAGGCAUCAACAUCUCAGGAAACUUCUACUGUAACAAGCUGAAGUACCUGGCUUUCCUGCGUAAGAGGAUGAACACCAACCCCUCUCGUGGACCUUUCCAUUUCAGAGCCCCCAGCAGGAUCUUCUGGAGGACUGUCAGAGGCAUGUUGCCCCACAAAACCAAGAGAGGACAGGCCGCUCUGGACAGGAUGAAGGUGUUUGACGGUAUCCCCCCACCCUAUGACAAGAGGAAGCGCAUGGUUGUUCCAGCUGCUCUUAAGAUUGUGCGCCUGAAGCCCACUCGCAAGGUGAGCAUCCAAUAUCUGUCUCAAGAACAGAGUAAAUUGUGUUUUGGUAGCUGAAAAAAAGCUGCCCCU